UGUGAUUACUAUAGUUUUACAAUCCUUACAUCGUUCCUAGGAACUUCCUCGGUGUCGCAGUGAAAACGCUACAUUUAUAAAUUGAUUCUUUUCCAGCGUCCCCUUGUUUACUCCCAAAUCAGCCUAUCACUCGCAAUGUCGGAAGGCCCAGUUCACAGAGUCAUUUCAGCCGCUGAGGUGUAUAGUUUUCCUCAGGGGCACUUGGGGCAUCUCAGUGACCUUGAGUCCCAUGCUCUGGACGAGUUCAGAACGCUCUGCACUGAAAAGAAUCUCUACAGUGGAACUAAGAAAUAUGAUUUUGGUUCCCACGAUGACACGACUCUGCUGCGCUUCUUGAGAGCAAGACGUUUUAAUGUCCAGGAUGCUUUUGAGCAGUACAAGGAUACCGAAGAAUGGCGCGCCGCGAAUCAACUAGAAACACUCUAUGAAACCAUUGAUUUGCAACAUUUUGAAGAGACACGGCGACUUUACCCACAGUGGACCGGCCGACGGGACAAACGCGGAAUCCCAGUGUAUAUAUUCGAAGUGAAGCAUCUAGAUGCGAAGGCCAUGGCAACGUAUGAGAAGAGUGCAGCUCAGACGCACAGCAAGGCGAAAACAGAUGGCAACACGCCACCGAAACUGCUCAGGCUAUUCACUCUAUAUGAGAAUCUGACACGCUACGUUCUACCAUUAUCGACAGCAAUGACUGACCGUCCACACCCCACCACGCCGAUCACACAGUCGAACAACAUCGUUGACAUUUCUGGUGUGGGAUUGAAGCAAUUCUGGAACCUCAGGGCGCACAUGCAAAGUGCCAGCCAGUUGGCAACAGCACAUUACCCUGAAACCCUCGAUCGCAUUUUCAUCAUCGGCGCACCCUACUUCUUCCCAACAGUAUGGGGCUGGAUUAAGCGCUGGUUCGAUCCAAUCACCACAUCGAAGAUUUUUAUCCUCUCGCCGAGCGAUAUGAAGUCAACGCUGGAAUCAUUUAUUGAACCAGCUAAUAUCCCCAAGAAAUAUGGCGGCGAACUGGAGUUCAACUGGUGCGACCCACCUGUUUAUGAUCCGGCGCUAAACGAUGUCAUCACUUGGAAGAAUGGCUAUAAAACUCUCCCUACUGGUCCUAUGUACUGGCGCGACAAAGGCGACCACAUCGAGCUGGAAGCGGUUGGUGCCGCCGAUGGCAAGCAACGACGAGAUAUUGUUGCGACAGUACGCAAAACCGCGGUAGUGGCCGAGACAGAGGAGGCGGACAAGACGACCGAGGAAGUGCUACAGACACUUCCAGCUGCAACGGCUGAAGCCAUCAAUGCAGCCUCUGCAGGCCAACCUAAGCCCGGCUCUUACGUCGUGGCCCCAGAAGGAAUUGCAACGCUCUCGCUGCAAGACGAUAAAAACUACACGGAUGUCAAUGAGAAGCAAGAUGCUGCUCCAGAUGCGUCAGCACCAGAGGAAGUGAACAAGGCUUAGUGGUCGAUCGCACGACCUAUAGAAGCAUUGAAGAGGCGCAUAUAGGAGAGAAGCGGCAAUGAGGUGAGCAGCGAGGUGUCAGGCGGGAGGUAUAGCCAUAGAGGCUAUAUGGCGCAUAUAUGGAUGUUAGUAUAAUAUACCCGAUAUCGUGCUGCAAGUAGAGCUGGAAAGACGGAUAUAAAGAGCAGUUGCGUGUCAAAUGUGACUGAUAAGCCAACCGUUGGUUUUAUUUACUAGACUAGAAGAUAAACUAAGAGCCUUUUUAUUCCACUGUUGAGCUUCAUAUCACUCAAUUCAUUUUCAAGCCAAGCCAAGUUAGUGUG